UGGAGGAUCAAGUGUCCCGUGUGUGGGAAGAUGUGCAAAUAUAAAUCAGACUUCAACCGGCACCGCGUGACCCACACAGGGGAGAAGCCGUAUCGAUGUACGGAAUGCGGAAAGAGCUUCAGCGACAGUGGCACUCUGACCGCGCAUCAGAGAACCCACACAGGGGAGAAGCCGUACAAGUGUUCCGAGUGCGGGAUACGCUUCAAUCGUAGCGGGAGCCUCAAGAGGCACAAGAGGACCCACACGGGGGAGAAACCCUAUCAAUGCCUGGAAUGCGGGAAAUAUUUCAGCCUGAAAUCCAUCUUGACCACACAUCAGAGGACCCACACGGGGGAGAAGCCCUUCAAGUGCAUGAACUGCGGAAGGAGCUACAGUCGUAAGGGCAGCCUCGAUAGGCACCAACGGGAUCACCCGGGGGAGCAAGCCUACAUCUGCGCGGAGUGCGGGAAAAGCUUCGUGGUCAGUGAUAACCUUCCCGCCUACCGAAAUCACUACGCGGGGGACCAACCGUAUAAAUGCAUUGAUUGUGAAAGCCGAGUCAUCAAUUUGAGUGGAAUCCUGGUAGCCUCUAGCUUCAGAAAUGAGCAGCGCAUGCGCCUGGAGAGUUUUCUUGGGUGGGUGGGCGGGCUCCGCCACUCUUUUGCGAACCGGGAAUCUUUUCUUAGGAAUUUCUGCUACCAUGAGGCCAGGGGGCCUAGAGAGGCUUGCAGCCAACUGCAUCAGCUUUGCCAUCAAUGGCUGAAGCCGGAAAGCAGCACCAAAGCUCAGAUGGUGGACAAGGUGGUCUUGGAGGAGUUUCUGGCUGUCCUGCCCCCAGAGAUGGAGAGCUGGGUGAGGGAAUGUGGAGCGAAGACUUGUUCCCAGGCUGUGGCCCUGGCCGAAGGCUUCCUCCUCAGUCAAGCAACAGAGGAGGGGCAAGUAGAGAAGCAGCUGCCAGAAGCAUUGACGGAGAUGAUCUCAACACAAAUCAAAGAAAGGGAAGAUGUGUCCACUUCUUCUCAGGAACCAUUCUUUGGGAAGAUGUCUGAGGAGGAUCCAACUCAGGUCACCUCCCAAUGGAAUGGAAAGGCAUUGGAGGUUAUCCCUGAAACAUCUCCCAUUUGCGAUGAAGCAGAAACAGCAUCUGGGACUCCAUCUCAGGGUUCAGUGUCUUUUGAGGAGGUGGCUGUGUAUUUUGUGGAGGAGGAAUGGGAGAUUCUGGAUCCUAACCAAAAAGCUUUGCACAGGGAAGUCAUGCUGGAAAAUUCCCAAAAUGUGACAGCUCUGGCCUGUGAACAGGAGACAGAAAAUGAGGAGGAGGAGAGUGUGGCACUCUUGCCAGCAGCCCAAAAUGAAGCGGAUAAAGAGACGUUUGCCAAUCAAGAGGAAUCAAACGGUCAGGAAAAAAACUGCGAAAUAAACGGAAGACCGACUUCGGACCCAUCGGGAGGCGCAGAAGCCCACGUCACCACGAGCGAAGAGUGUCGAGAGGGCGUUGGUGAGAGCAGUGACCUUGCAAAGCACGAAGGAAUCCGCAGUGGGCAGAAACCAUAUGUGUGUGUGGACUGUGGAAAAAGUUUCUGCAAGAGAGCUCAGUUCAGGAUCCACGAAAGAAUCCACACAGGGGAGAGGCCAUUUAAGUGUGCUGAGUGCGGAAAGGGCUUCACGGUGAGGGGUCAUCUGAUCAAUCAUGAAAGAAUCCACACGGGGGAGAAGCCCUUUAGGUGCAUGGACUGCGGCAAGAGUUUUAGCCACAACAGCGCGCUUUCUCGCCACGAAAGAACCCACACCGGGGAGAAGCCCUACAAGUGCGUAGACUGUGGAAAGGGCUUCUGUCAUGGAGGAAAACUUAGGAUCCAUGAAAGAAUCCACACAGGGGAGAAACCAUUUAAAUGUAUGGAGUGUGGAAAGGGCUUCACUAUGACGGGUCACCUUGCGAACCACGAAAGGAUCCACACAGGAGAAAAGCCCUUUAGAUGUACGGACUGUGGCAAGAGCUUCAAUCAGAAUAGUAGCCUGAUGACCCACAAAAGAAUCCACACAGGGGAGAAGCCAUAUCACUGUCUGGAGUGUGGGAAGAGCUUUAGUCACAACAGCGCCCUUACUCGUCACGAAAGGACCCACACCGGGGAGAAACCUUUUGAGUGCUUGGACUGUGGAAAGAGUUUCAGUCAGAACAGCAGCCUAAUGACCCACAAAAGAAUCCACACAGGGGAGAAGCCAUAUUGUUGUCUGGAGUGUGGAAAGAGCUUUAGUCAUAACAGUGCCCUUACUUGUCACGAAAGGACCCACACCGGGGAGAAACCUUUUGAAUGCACGGACUGUGGGAAAAACUUCAGUCAGAAUAGCAGCCUUAUGACCCACAAAAGAAUUCAUACAGGGGAGAAGCCGUAUCAGUGUCCGGAGUGCGGAAAGAGCUUCUGUCAGAGUGGCCAAUAUAUGAUGCACCAAAGAAUCCACACGGGAUAG